AGAAUUCGUACUGUUAUUGCACAGACGCCCAUCACAUUAUAUGAAACGGUAGUAAGAGGCUUUGGCAGUUUCGCAACCGAGUCAUAGAGGAUUGAAACUUGUAAACCUUCCAGCGCUCUGCUUUGCAAAAGCGUUUUCUAGUCCGAUAGUCGUGGAAGACUCUCCUAUCCUUAUUGGGCACCACCACCUGGCUCUAGAAGGCUUUAUCGGACCCCUACCUUUAGCACGAGUGAAGGUCUUAAGGCGAAGGAGUAAAAGUCGUUUGGGAACUUCAAUUACUCUUAUAGGAGCAGAUAAGGGCGUAUUUUGGCUUCCACCGUACGGCCCAUGAGAACCGACGGCCAGUUAGCUGUGCCUUCCUAACGCAGCGCCGCUCUUAUCGACUCAAUGCGGCCUGACAUCCAACGGCUAUGUCUCAAGCGGGCUCCUCUGAGAACCUUAAGCGCCCCUAUCGCGAGGACACGCCGCGGAGCACCCGGUUGGACCCGACCACCACCACCACCAAUGCUACAAGCCGCAGCUCCCCCUCCUGCUUCCCUUGCGAACCCUACUCCCCUGCCCUUCCAGCUGCACCCCACGCCCAACCCACCGACAGCCCUCAGCCCUGCCCGCAGUCCCCCUUCGACUUCCUCCUCAGCAGCUUCUACUCCCCCAGCCCACCACGCCAAACACAGCAUCAUAAGGCCUCUCUGGAAGCCUCCUCCUGCAUCUCCGCACCCGUCCACAGCUCCUCUUCCUCCCUGCCACCCUUGGCUGCCCGAUCACGCCUCCCGCCCCUGCCCAUCGAGGGGCCCUCAAGUCGCAGCCCGCGCCUAGCCGCCGGCCCCAGCCCCGCUGCUGCCACCACCCUCACGGACGCGAUCUCCCCAUCAGCCGCAUGCUUCAUUUCCGUACAGCCCUCAUGCUUCUGGUCUCCGGACCUGGCUCCCAGUUCCGCGGAAACAAGCAGCAACAGCAACCUGCUGUCAGUCACCAACCUUCCAGGCUGCAUCCAACCGCUAGAUCUCCCAGAAACGACCCAAGGGUCGGGACCCUCAGGAUUCGGACCUUCAUCCGGCUGCAGCGGCCAUCUCCGUACCGGAUCCAUUACACACCCUCAGAUGAUGAGCCUGGACGCCCGUCUCGCUCGCACCUCGAACCUAGCCCCAAGCGGCGGCAGCCCGCGUUACGGCGGCGGAGGCAUGGGCACCUGCAGGGCCCAGCUGUCGCCGCUGCCUAGCAGACUUCUAUCGUACAGCUGCGUUGGCGGAGGCGGCGGCGGCAGCAACGCAGGUGGUGGCGGCGGUGGCGGCACCAGCACCAUCUGGACCGGAGGCGGUGGUGACGGGGGAAAAAACGGCGACUUCUCUGCCCCCCGCAGCGUCCGUAACCAGCAGCGUCCCUCCAUAGACGCUGCGGCGGGGGCGGAGGAGCUGGGCACGUGUGGCGAGGCGGAUAACGGCCCGGAGCAUGCAGCUGCGGCGGUAUCGUACCGACCGAGGCUUCUACCAGAUCCCACGGCUUCGGCUGGUCCUGGUACGGCACUCACAGACCCCGUUGCCGCCUGUGCACCGUGCGUUUCCUCCAGUUCUGCUGCCCUUGGCACCGGUGUGGUGGAGCGCUCUGCGACGGUGUCGACGGCGCUGCCGCCGCUGUCAACAGCGGCGGUGGUGAUCGGCCCGGCGGCAGCGUUGGAAGGCCCGGGGGCUGCGACGGCGGCGGGCGCUGCAGCGUUAAGCUCUUGGAAGUUCGACUCCAACCUGCAGCGUGCGCGCAUGCAGGCGCGCUAUGAGGCCAUGCGGGGCGCGGAGGACAUCGAGUAUGUUGCUUGUCGCCGCGCCGGUGGGAGGAGCCGAGGCAUCAGCGGCGGGGGCAUCGGCGGCGGAGGCGGAGGCGGGGGCACUUGGAGGCCGUUGAGGCUGCUGUCGGCGCUGGCUGGGCGGGCCAUGGGCGGCAAACGCAGCUUUGGAGCCCUUACCAACGCCACUGUCACCGCCGGCGGAGACGGAGGCGGUGGUAGCGGUGGUGACAGUGGCUGGAGGCUAGCAAAGGGCGUUGUUGCCAAAGCAGGCUCCGUUCCAAGCGGCAACAGUGGAGUAGGAGAUGGUGCUGAAGCUGAAAAGGAUGAGGAACGCACCACCCAACAGGGAGGUGGUGGUGAUGGUGAUGAUGAAGGUGGGCUGUUUGCCCUCUCACCUCCUCCCCGUCUCCCGGCCUGCAGCAGCAGGAGUAACAGCCAUGCCUUGCUUCAGCUGCCCCGGGCCCGAACUGGUUUGGAUGGCGAUGACCCAAGCGGCGCCGCUGCUGCUGCGGCGGCGGCCUUACUAAUGUCGGAUGUCAGCUGGCGUGGCGGCAUCGGACGGUACGGCACCACGAUAUGUUAGGGGAUGCUCAUGGACUACUACAUGCAUGUACGACAACAGGAGGACUGCAUGGACGGCUGCCGCGGUUGCAGCGGCAACGGCGGCGGUGGUUGUACAAACGCGGGCGACCUAAGCUUGAACCGAAUGGAUGAGUUACUCCUUAUGAGCUGAGGGUGUGUUGACGGGGUUUCUGCAACUCCGGAGGAAGCGACGUGUGGGGCGGGUCUCGGGGUGUCUCGGGGCCCUCCUGCGCUGCCGUACUUCAUCAGCGCCCUAUGGCUCAUGCGAAAGAGCGGACAGGUGCUGUUGUCACGGAGAGUUUGCUGCAGGACAUGUGCGUGAACUGAGCGCGUGACUAAACACCAGUUCUCGCUGUCGGUCGGUCAAGGGACUGAGAGCCCUCGUGUAUGUGUGAAGGCAACAUGAGCGCGGCGUUGUUUAAUGUUGGGAUGGCGCGCAGCCGCGGCAGAAGAGUAGCUAGGCAUGGGGCAUGUGCGUAGCUAGACGCAUCUGUUGCAUGUCAACAAUUGAAGGCCAUCAUCUUGAUUGAUCGUACUUACUCGAGAGCAGCCCUGGUAACACGGACUGUGUGCAAGUUCCGUGCUUUCCGGUCGGUUUGUUUGCAUGGGAUGAUAAUGAGAUGUCGAUAACCGACAUGCAUUUUGAAGUUUAGUUUUAAGCGAGCGAGCGUGCGAGCCUUUUGACUUGCUUAGGCUGGGCUGAAUCACAACAAGAAGAAGUGCUUACUACAAGAGAGGAGAGAGUGGGAUGGGCUUUGGCCCCUCCAUGCACAUGUUGGUUUGGUCACAAGGCAGUGUGUAUUGUGGCUCCGUUUUAGAUGUGUUGGGAGCUCUGCCUUAUGUUUGCAUGCGCCGGGUGUUGCACGACGGCUGAUGAUUAGCAGGGGGCAGCGUCGGCAUGCUUUGAUGGUCGGUUUGGUUGUUGGAAGGGGGCGUAUCUGCAGGUUGGGUUCGUGGUUUCCGCAUUGUUACCGUUCAAAGUAAGGGCCGCAGGCGGGCUCCGUAAGGAAAAUGGCAUGUUCAACGUUUGCGCAGUUUAUGCAGUGGUGGGAAAAGACGAUAUGGAUGGGAGUAUUACAGCAUUACUAAUGGGUGGCUGCUGCGUGUGUGGUGCGCCGUAGUUCUCCCUUAUCUUUCGCAUGGCAAGCUCGGCAGUUGGUGUGUUUUGGUUUGUAUCCCGUUUGUAACGGGAAUACCUGGGUGGUGAGUAACGUUUGGGAUUGGUAUGUGUUGAGUGGGGACGGGACUGGGCAGCUAGGUGUGGAGAUUGCGAGCUAGGUGUGGAGGCCUUAGCUGCUGCUGUUGCAUACCUAUGGCGUGUUGUACACGAUGAAUUGCUUGAAACCUGGGGGCUCUACAGUAUGGCCUAUGGUCCGUUUCGAAAUACCGGUACGUUACGUAGGUGUAACGUGACUUUCUCCUUGCUCUAUCCCUGCGCAUGCUGAUGGGUUAUGGCUUUGACUUUGUAACAUACAUGGCCUCC